AUGCUGAAGCCCGGCGGGGUGGCCACGCUGGAGGGGCACCCGCAGCUGGGCGAGGGGCUGGAGCAGUUUGCCAAGGACCUCAAGCAUAAGCGCAUCAUGCUGGGCUUCACCCAGGCUGACGUGGGGCUGGCUCUGGGCACCCUCUACGGGAAGAUGUUCAGCCAGACGACCAUCUGCCGCUUUGAAGCGCUCCAGCUCAGCUUCAAGAAUAUGUGCAAGCUGAAGCCGCUACUGCAGCGUUGGCUCAACGAGGCGGAGAACACCGACAACAUGCAAGAGAUGUGCAAUGCAGAGCAAGUGUUGGCCCAAGCCCGGAAGAGAAAACGCAGGACCAGCAUCGAGACCAACGUGAAGGGGACGCUGGAGAGCUUCUUCCGCAAGUGCGUGAAGCCCAGUCCCCAGGAAAUCUCCCAGAUUGCCGAGGACCUCAACCUGGACAAAGAUGUGGUCCGGGUCUGGUUCUGCAACCGGCGUCAGAAAGGCAAACGGCUGCUGCUGCCCUUCGGCAACGAGGCGGAGGGAGUGAUGUACGACAUGAACCAGUCCCUGGUGCCCACCGGCCUGCCCAUCCCGGUGACGUCCCAGGGCUACAGCCUGGCGCCCUCCCCGCCCGUCUACAUGCCACCCUUCCACAAAGCUGAGAUGUUUCCUCAAGCGAUGCAGCCUGGGCUCUCCAUGAGCAAUAGCAGCCACUGA